GGCUCUUGUCUCCUUCCGUCAUCUUUCGCUGAUCUUCGGUCCACAUUGACCCUUUGAACCAGCGAGGGUCUGCAGCCUCAUUACAGCUCCUCGGUACCUUGACAAUAUUUCCUGAGCGAUGACGUAGCGCCCGGACCGAAGAUCAAUAACAUACGGCGAUCUCGCUGCUGCGCACCAUCGUCCGCAACCACCAUGGCGGCGCUAACGACGCUCGGCGUCAACUUCCGCUCGCUCUACACGAAGCUCAUCGUCCUCGGCGCCGUCCUUACCCUGAUUCUCCUCACCUACGUCUUCACCAUCGGCCCCACCCACACGCUCACCCUCCCCGAAAUCCCCUUCUUCACCGAGCGCGUGCGCUCGACAUGCACGCCCGAGGCCUACGCGAAAGGCCACUGGGAGUACGCACCGCGCACGAACAAGACGGUCAUGACGAACAAGGACGAGGCGCUCGAGUUCGCCGGCUUCGAGGGCUGCGCGAGCUCGCGCGAGUACUACUGGCACCUCGCCGUCGACAACGAGGCGCAGUGGGACCGCUUCCCGGACGCGUUCUCGUACCGCUGGGUCCCGAGCGACGAGUGCGAUAUCCGCACCUUCCGCGCGGAGGAGCUUUUGAAGGACCUCGUCCAGCAGGGCGGCUGGUUGCUCAUCGGAGACUCGAUCACCGAGGGCCACUUUGCGUCCAUCUCGUGCCUGCUCUACCCCCAUGUCAUCGCGACGCCGGACUACAACAAGAACCCCUACUUUGACCGCGCCUGGCCGCAGAACAUGUACCUCAACCCCGAGUCCCCCGUCGUGCAGCGUCUAAAGCUCCCGCGCGGGUUUAACGUCACGGGCACGCCCCUUGUCACCUUCCGCCGCGUCGACACGCUGCUCACGGGCGACGAGCUCAUCGCGCUGCAUCGCGAGCUGUACAACCCGCCACCAGACUUCGAGCUUAUCAGCGAUGAGGCGUUCUGGGCGUUAUCCCCGCAGGAGUAUGUGAGGAUAUUUACAGACCCCGCCAAUCACUACGGCACCCUAAUCAUCAGCACGGGCGGCCAUUGGACGACGACGCUAUUCUCGGGCUUCCGCGACGAUUCGGCGGUGGACAGAGGGUACGGCAUCGACGGCGUGAUCGAGUUCUUCGGGCAUGCGAUGGAGAAGUGGGCGUCCGACGUGCAGAAACUGCUUGACGAGGCGCGGGAUAAGCGUACGCGGCGACAGGUGGUCAUCCGAGCGUACCUACCCGGCCACGAAGACUGCCACGACCAUCGCAAGCCGUGGACGGAAGUACAGCCGUAUAAAUGGAACUGGUAUAAUUGGGCGAACAUCGGAGAGUUGAACCACGUUUUCGAGAACAUCGUGUCCUCGUCACGCUUCCGCGACAUUCACUACCUUGGUAUUGACCACCCAGCGCGAUUGCGCCCAGACGCGCACGUCUCGAGCGACUGCCUCCACAUCAUGGGCGGUUCUGGUGUCAUGGAGGGCUGGACACAUUAUAUAUGGCACUAUGUAACGCGCGAGGUUAUUGCGCGCAUACGAUAGACACUAGACGGAUAAUGGACGGAGACUAUGUAGACCAGGGCUGCCUCUGGGCAAGCACUUUGCUCCCUACUUACAUACAUUAUUUGUACACUCAUUGUAACUUUGCCAUUCAUUUGGCUUUUGCUUUCUGAGGCCUUUCUCAACCACGGGAAUGCAGAAUGACUUUGUAUGAACACUGUAAGGAUAUGGCAUGUCCAUCUCACAGUCUCAACUCGAGAGGGUUUACAUG